AUGGUAGAGAAACGCGAGGAUCAGAGUCGUGAGAUGUGUUCCGGACACCACGAAGCCGACCAAGAGGGUAGGCCCGACUACGCCAACGAGGCAGUGUUUCGACGCAACACGCUGCCGCCGCGGUCCUACUGGCUGCCCAGCACAGCGCUGUGUCUCAACGGGACGUGGCGGUUCGACUACGCCGGCAGCCCGCUGGAAGCGCCCGACGCGGCCCGUUGCCGACCGGAAACGUGGCCCGCGAUCCCGGUCCCGGCGCACUGGCAGCUCCACGGCUACGGCCGGCCCCAGUACACCAACAUUGUGUACCCGUUUCCCGUGAACCCGCCGCACGUGCCGGACGAGAAUCCCACCGGCGCGUACGCCAAGUCGUUCGCGGUGCCGGCGGAGUGGGACGCCGACGCGCAGCUGCGGCUGCGGUUCGACGGCGUGGACAGCGCGUACCAUGUCUGGCUCAACGGGCAGCUUGUUGGGUAUGCGCAGGGAAGCCGCAAUGCGGCCGAGUUUGACGUUUCUUCGCUUGCGCGCCGCGAUGCGGUGAAUGAGCUUUUGGUGCGCGUGUAUCAGUGGUCCGAUGGCUCGUACAUCGAGGACCAGGAUCAGUGGUGGCUGUCAGGUAGGCGUGCCCAGAGCCAUGUCCAUUCCUUGAUGGCUCGACAGGCGCUGACAAUGGCAGGUAUAUUUCGUGACGUCCAUCUUCUCGCAUUCCCUGCCAGAUGCAGAUUGGAGGAUUUUUUUAUCCGCGGCGAUCUAGACUCUGCGUACCAGCAUGGAAUAUUGCACGUGACGGCUGAUGUACACUGUCCCCCGGGCGGUACCAUUUCUGUCACUCUGCGAGAACAAGUCAAAAACGGUGCCGCGGUCAUCUGCCACCGAGUGCAAGAUGUCGCUCCGCUCACCGACAAGGUCGAGUUCCUCAUUGAGGUCGAGAAUCCAUCCAAGUGGACUGCCGAGACCCCCUACCUGUACCAAGUCGACAUUGAACUGACUUCAGGAGGCGAGUCCGCGCGCGUCACUCAUGCUGCCGGCUUCCGAACGGUGGAACUCAAGGACGGGCUGAUCAAGGUCAACGGCAAGGCCAUCCGGUUCCGGGGCGUGAACCGCCACGAUCACCACCCGCGAUUCGGCCGUGCCGUACCGACCGAGUUCAUCCGGCGCGACCUCGUGCUCAUGAAGAAGCACAACAUCAACGCGCUGCGCUGCGCCCACUACCCGUCGCACCCGGCCCUCUACAGCCUGGCCGAUGAGAUUGGGCUGUGGGUCAUGGACGAGGCCGAUCUGGAAUGCCACGGGUUCGCCGAAGUCGUCGCCGACAACACGGCCGAGUGGGACGGCAGCGAGGCCGCCUACCAGCAGCUGGUGACGACGGUAUCCGGGGCCGCGCGCACAUAUCUGAGCGACAACCCCUCCUGGACCGCCGCGAACCACCCGUGCGUCGUCGUCUGGUCGCUCGGGAACGAGUCCUUUUGCGGCCGGAACCUCGUGGCCAUGUACCAGGCGUGCAAGCGGCUCGAUCCCAGCCGCCUGGUGCACUACGAGGGCGACACCGACAUGGGCACCACCGACAUGCACUCGUACAUGUAUCCGGCGCUCGACGCUCUCGUCCGCCGAGCGCUGACAAAGGGCGUCGGCGACGACGGGACGGCGGACAGGCCGCUGAUCCUGUGCGAGUAUGCGCACGCAAUGGGCAACGGUCCGGGACUGCUGGAAGACUACGAAGACGUGUUUCGCCAGCAUCCGCGUGUCCAGGGCGGUUUCGUCUGGGAGUGGGCGAACCACGGCCUGGAAACGCAGGCACCGGACGGGGAAACGUUUCACGCGUACGGCGGCGAUUUUGGCGAGGCGGUGCAUGAUGGCACCUUUGUCAUGGACGGGCUCUGCAACAGCGAGCACGAGCCGAUGCCUGGACUGGUCGAGCUGAAAAAGGCCUAUUCGGCAGUGUCGUUUGAGCUCGCUGGUAGAAGCCUUGCCAUCGAAAACCGGCAUGAUUUCGUGGGCCUAGAGCUCUUUGAACUGACAGUCCAUCUCCAAGAGCUUGUAGUGACCACUACUAACCUGUCAACUGAAUGUAGCACGAAAUUGCUCGUCACCCAUACCAUUCCCUUCCCCCCCAUCGCCGCUGGCACCACAGCAGCCGUACCACUCCCCAGCGCCCUGUUCGACCACGUUUCCGAUUCCGAGCUGCUUCUGACGGCCAGCCUGACUCUAUCCCAAUCCACCGUCUGGGCCGACCGCGGACACGAAGUCGCCUUUUUCCAGCACGUCGUCUCGGCCGCCCAGCCGUACUUUGCGCGUGCCCUCGCCGCGCCGUGCCCCGCGCCACGCAUCGACAAGUCGAGCCACUCGUGGACGAUUACGACUUCCAAGUCGACGUUUGAGUUUAGCCGCGUGCGCGGGCUUCUGCGCAGCUGGCGCUCCAGCUCUGGCUCGCUGCUCGCCGAGGCCGCGCCGCACCAGGGCGCGCUGACACCGGGGUUUUGGCGCGCGCCGACGGACAAUGACGUGCGCGCGGCGCUGCCUCACUGGCGGGCGUGUGGCGUGGACCGUAUGGCAAGUCAGCUGCGCCACAUGAGCCUGGAGACGGGAGACGGCGGCACCGGCGUCGUCACGCUCACGACGCAGACCUUUAUCGGGCCCGUAUCGCUCGGCUGGGGCUGGCCGGCCACCACGGUCUACCAGAUGCCGCCGGACGGGUCCGCCAUGUCCGUCUUCGUCUCGCUCGGGGCCCCCGUCGGCGCCGCCGCCCCGACGCACCUCCCGCGCACGGGUCUGGAUCUGGCCGUGCCGCUGCGCCUCCAGCAGCGCGUGGACUGGUGCGGGCGCGGCCCGGGCGAGUCGUACCCGGACAAGAAGCUCGGCCAGCGCAUCGGCGUGUGGAGCGUGGACGGCGUUGACCGGCUGCAGACGGCGUAUGAUGUGCCGCAGGAAAACGGCAAUCGUACGGACACGCGGUGGGUGCGGCUGCGUGCUACGGACCAGCAGGCCGCGACGGCCCUCUGCGCGACGAGAAUCAGCAGCGCGUUUCCAUUUGGGGCUGGUGGAGGCGUCGCUGCCGCGCAGGACGACACGAGACUGCCAACGCCCGCCGAGCUCUUCAAUUUUACUGCGACCAGACACACGGCGGAAAUGCUGGAAAAGGCGGCGCAUCCGUACGAGCUUACGGAAGAAGAGUACGUGUUGCUUCGAUUAGAUGCGGCCGUUACUGGUCUCGGCACCGCUGCUUGCGGACCUGGACCCCGAGAAGAGUUUCUGGUACGGCCUGGAAAGACCAGUUAUGGGUUUGUCUUGGAGCUAGAACAGCCUUGA